AUGCACCACCGGCCCCCUUCCCCGUCGGGAGAUAUCAAGCCACUUGCACCAACAGGCCACCGUGCCCCCGAUAACCGUUCUAUCUACCAGAAUGAGUUAACAACUGCCAAUUUUCGUUUGGAGCGGCCAAAUGAGGAAAUCAAAUAUACACCGGGCUUUUGGUCUUCUGGGGGCAGCACAGCAGUGUCUGUCUCUGGCAACCAGACAGACGACAAUACGGUGUACUCGACUCUUUCUCGCCACUUCCGAGCAGACAUAGACACCACACAUACCGAUAUUCCUCUUAUAAUUUGCGGGUUCGUGGGUGGCUUGGUAGACGGGCUGUCAUUUAAUGCAUGGGGCAGCUUUUCAAGUAUGCAAACAGGAAAUACCAUCUUCUUGGCCUUGGGUCCCUCCGGCCAGCCUGCAUUCCCAGCAUAUCUCUGGGCGAAGUCCCUGAUCGCCCUCACCGUCUUCCUCGCCAGCAAUAUCCUCUUCAUCCGCAUGCAUCGACUAUUGACCCCGCGACGCCGCUCAACUAUGAUACUUUCAUUUGCCAUUCAAACUAUUGCCCUUUUAGUCACAGCAAUUCUUAUCCAGCGGGGUGUCAUCACCCCGAAACCCGAGGACCCCCGAGCUCCGAUCGAAUGGAUGCAAGCCCUGCCAAUCUCACUUUUAGCUUUCCAAGCAGGAGGCCAGAUCUGUGCUUCCCGGAUCCUGGCUCUAGAUGAAAUCCCAACUGUCGUUGUGACAGCUAUGCUAUGCGAUUUACUUGUCGAUCCAAAGCUGACUGCAAAAUUCAAUCCGAAGCGUAAUCGUCGGAUAGGGGCUUUUCUCGCGUUGUUUCUAGGGGCCAUGACUGCGGGUGGGCUUGCUAAAACCACCAGUAUGGCGUCUAGUAUAUGGCUUGCGAUGAGUCUGAAGUUGAUAGUCACCUUGGGGUGGGUGGUUUGGCAGCGAGAGGGGAGGAGGAAGAGUGAUUUGGAUGUUUGA